AUGGCGACCGCUUUCGAAACGCAACCACUGGCUGCGACAACCUCAGAUACCUCAGACCCGAUCCCCGUCAAGCUCGAAACAACCACAAGUCCGUCUGGCGCCCAUGUUACCGUCAUUCGCGACGCCAAGGGCAACCUCAUAUACCCUUCCCACGUUCCCCCGGAAACCCAGUCGCCGAGCAUCUCGCCAGUAGCGCCACCCAAGUCGCAUCAACAAGAGCGUCAUCAUCAGCAUCAUCAUCAUCAUCAUCAUCGUCAUCAUCAUCAUCAUCCUCAUCAAGAGACUCCGAUAGACCAAGUCCCCGAAUCACCACGAUUGCGCAAAACCAAUACCGAACCCCUCAAGCGACCCGCGACCAAAAAGUGGCAGACCGAGGCAGCGACACGAGCCAAUAGACAAGACUCCUUCCUCGUACCGCCUAUACAACGGUCUGGUACAAAUACUUCGCAGUUCAACCGCGCAAUGUGGGAUCCUAGGGCACCUCUACACGCCUUUGACAACGACUCGGAUUCCAGUAGCGAGUCGUCGGAGGAGGAAGAGGGACAUCGCCAUGGCCAUGGGCACAAGAAGCACCUCUUCCGAAGGAAAGGCGAUACCAAGCAAAAGGAACACCAUGAAAACCACUUUGGGAAGUUCAAUGUCGGGAAUGAACACUACAGGACAAAGGGCAGGUUCAACAAGCGUGAUGGCCGCCUUAGCAUCUCGGUCAACGACAUGAGCAGUACGGGAUACCUGGCAAAAGCCCUGGGAAUGGCAGUAAAGAAGGUGAUACCGGCAAGGGGCGAGAUCUCUAACAAGAAUGCCGAGCAAGUCAGGAAGCCGUCCGUCGUGUCGCGACUCUCCACGGCCUCUACCACUGCCGGCCCAGACAAGAUUUCCUGCCCAAAGCUGAACAUCGUCAUCAUGGUCAUCGGUUCUCGCGGCGAUGCCCAACCUUUCCUCAAGAUCGGCAAGGUUCUGAAAGAGCAAUACGGCCAUCGCGUACGCAUUGCUACACAUCCUGCCUUUCGCGACUUUGUCGAAAAGGACUCUGGCCUCGAGUUCUUUUCCGUCGGAGGUGACCCAGCAGAGCUCAUGAGCUUCAUGGUCAAGAACCCCGGUAUGAUCCCGACUUUGGAAUCAGUAAAAGCUGGCGACAUCGGGAAACGUCGCGCCGCCAUGGCUGGCAUGUUUGAGGGCUUCUGGCGAGCCUGCAUCAACGCCACCGAUGAUGAGCGGGAUGUUCGCAACCUCAAGAUGAUGGGUCGCAUGGACCCCUUUGUAGCCGAUGCUAUCAUUGCCAACCCGCCCAGCUUCGCCCAUAUCCACUGCGCCGAGGCGCUGGGUAUUCCCGUCCAUUUGAUGUUUACUUUUCCCUAUACCCCCACCCAAGCGUUCCCCCAUCCACUUGCCAGCAUCAAGAAGUCCAAUGUCGACCCCGGCUAUACGAACUGGAUCUCCUACCCUUUAGUAGAGAUGAUGGUCUGGCAAGGUCUCGGCGACUUGGUCAAUGACUUCCGCGUCAAGACACUCGGUCUCGAUCCCGUUUCCACCCUCUGGGCUCCCGGCGCCACCUACCGUCUACACGUUCCAUUCAGCUACCUCUGGAGUCCCGGCCUCGUUGCCAAACCCGAGGACUGGGGUGACGAGAUUGACGUAUCCGGCUUUGUCUUCCUCGAACUGGCUUCCACCUUCAAGCCUCCCGAUGACCUAGUCAAGUUCCUCGAAGCCGGCGAGGCUCCAAUCUACAUCGGUUUCGGAUCCAUCGUCGUCGACGACGCAGAUAGGUUCACGCAGAUGAUCUUCGACGCCGUCAAACAAGCCGGUGUGCGCGCCCUCGUCUCCAAAGGCUGGGGUGGUUUAGGCGGCGACAGUCUCGACGUUCCCGAGAAUAUUCACAUGCUCGACAACACACCCCACGACUGGCUCUUCCCCCGAGUUCGCGCUUGUGUAAUCCACGGUGGUGCAGGCACCACUGCUAUUGCGCUCAAGUGCGGCAAGCCGACUAUGAUCGUCCCCUUCUUCGGUGACCAGCACUUCUGGGGGUCCAUGGUGAGUAACUCCAAGGCUGGCCCGGAACCGGUGCCGUACAAGAGCCUUACGGCAGAAAAGCUGGCCGAGGGAAUCCAGUACUGCCUUACCGAGGAGGCUGUGAAAGCCGUGGAGGAAAUUGCGCAACGUAUCAGCGAGGAAGGUGAUGGAGCUGAGAACGCUUGCAAGGCUUUCCACAGGGGCUUGAUGCUCCAGGGCGAUAGGUCGAUGCGAUGCUCUAUUUUGAGAGAUAAGACGGCGGUGUGGCAUGUCAAGGGAAGUCCGACUGGGUUGAAGCUGAGUGCUAUGGCUGCGGACCUGGCUGUCGAGAAGAGACUCACCUCGUGGAAGAACUUGAGGCUGCUUCGACAUGUCGAAUGGAAUGACUUUGAGGGACCUGGUGAGCCGGUGACAGGCGUAGCGGGCACGGUUGUGUCGACGGUGGGCGAUGUAUUCUCGGGUAUUGGUGGAGUGCCGAUUAGGCUGGGCAAGAAGGCCAAGCAGAGAAAGGUCAAGAAGCAGGAGAGGAGAGAAAGACGGGAGAAAAAGUUGAAGGCACGAGAGGAGGCUAGGUCGGAAGAGAAGGGGAAGGGGAAGGAGAAUGGCAACUCGGCAGUCAAUGGUGAGAAGACGGAAAAGCCGUCCGAGCAACAGGAUGGAGCCCUCCAGAAAGUCGAAACCAAGGACCACGCCGCCGCCGCCGCCAACGAUAACAAGAAGUCUGAUGCUGAAUCAAGCGACACAAAACCAGACGACGCCACCGCCGUCGAAAAGUCCAACUCCAACGAGACCACCCCCGAAUCAGGCCGUUCCAUCCCCAACAUCACCACAACCACCACCAACGCCAUCUACAACACCCGUCCCCGCCUCGAAACUCCAUCCCCGUUAUCAUCCUCCCCCUCCCCGUCCCCAGGGGCAUCUCCCGUUCUGGCACCCAUCCGCCCCGCCCCCGACCACCGCACCGACACAAACCUAACCAACCAAACCACCACCACCAACGGUGGCGAGUCCACCACCGACCCAGCCGAAGUAGCCGAGGAAGUCGUGCACGAGAUCGGUCAGGGAGCGAUCAAGUCUAUCUCUGCCAUCGCCCGCGCCCCCGUCGAUCUAUCCAUCGCUCUCGCCCAGGGCUUUCACAACGCGCCCCGGCUUUACGGCGACGACACCGUCCGCCGCCCCACGCGUGUGACGGGGAUCAAGUCCGGGUUAAAAGCCGCAGGCCACGAGUUCGUGUUUGGCAUCUACGAUGGCUGGACAGGGCUAGUGAGGUUGCCGUAUCGCGGGUUUAAAGAAGGGGCUGGAAUGGGUGGUGGUAAACCCUCUUCUUCUACCGCUUCCGGGUCCGGAAACACCGAUCAAGCAGGCGGGGUAGAAGUCGCAACAACAACAACGACGGGUGGACCAGCUCCAACAGGCCGCAUGAUCGGUCUCGUCAAGGGCGUAGGUAUGGGGCUUACGGGCUUCGUGCUGAAGGAUAUCUCGGCUAUCAUUGGGCCCAUUGGGUACACGCUCAAGGGCGUGGUCAAGCAGGCUCAGCGAGGAAGGGGACCGGGGAAGUAUAUCCGCAGAGCAAGGAUCGUGCAGGGCGCGAGGGAACUCGAGGCCGUUAGCCCUGAAGAGAGAAAAAGAAGAAUGGAGGAGGUGGUGGAGGGGUGGAAGGUACUGAGGGAGUUGUGGGAAGCGUUGCAGGAUGUUGAGAGUGGGGAUAAGGGGAGGAGGAAAAAGAUGAAGAAGAAGGCAGAGAAGAAACAGGCGAAGAAGCAGCAGCAGGCUAUGACGAACGGGAAGGGAGCAGUCAAUGGAGGAGCGGUGGUAGAUGGGGGGGUUAUUAAUGGCGUUAAUAAUGACGUUAAUGGUGUAAAGGAGAACGAAAAGAAGGAUACAAGGGGUGGUUCCGUGGAAAGAAAAAGGGAACGAAAGAGGUGGUUGAAGGUAAGGGGAUUAGGAAGGAGGAGGAGGGUGGCGGUGCAGGGGGAGGCGUUUGAGAGCGUGGAGAUGGCGAGGAAGGCUUUGGAGGAGUUGAGGGCUUCUUCUUCGUGA